GGGUCUGAGGUCGAGGCUGUCAGCUGCUUUUGGAACUUUCUAGUAGUAACGUGUGAGAUGAUGGUUCUGUUGAAAUCUGCUAUCGACUGUGUUUUCUCGAAUGCGUUUCUGCAGCAAACGUGGUGAUGUUCGGUUGUUUAGUCGCCGGCAGAUUGGUCCAAACGGACGCGCAGCAGGUCGCCACCGAUAAAUUUGUCUUUAAUCUGCCUGACUAUGAGAAUGUCAAUCAUGUGGUGGUCUUCAUGCUGGGCACGCUGCCCUUCCCGGCCGGCAUGGGUGGUGCUGUCUACUUCUCUUUUCCAGAUCCUGCUGUCGGACAGGUGUGGCAGCUUUUAGGCUUCAUAACCAAUGAGAAACCCAGUGCCAUAUUCAGAAUCUCUGGUCUGAAAGCUGGUGAGGGUGGAGCUCAUCCGUUCGGCAUGAUGUCUGUCCCUCAGGCUCCGUCAGUGGCUCAGGUUGGAGUUUCUAUUGAAUCUUUGGACCUGCUUGCACAACAAACGCCAGUAUCUAAUUCAGCUGUUUCCACAGUGGACUCCUUUACACAGUUCACGCAGAAGAUGCUGGAGAGCCUGUACAACUUCACCUCAUCUUUUGCGCUGUCUCAGUCACAGAUGACACCAAACCCUUCAGAGAUGUAUGUUCCUGCGAGCUCCAUCCUCAAAUGGUAUGAAAACUUUCAGAGGCGAAUGGUGCAGAAUCCAAACUUCUGGAAGACGUGACGUACUUGCCUUUUUAAUAGUUUGAUCUGUCACUUCCUGAAGAAGAAUAUAAUUCAUUUAAUGUUCAGUUUUAAUUUCCAUGAAGAGCUUCAUCUGGUCAAGGAUCUUUUUCUUAUCAUAAAUACUGCCUGGCACAUUGUUCAUUUAUUUGCUGAAAAUAUUUUAUAUGAGGUGCUGAAGCAAAUAAAAUCUUUUGUUGAUACCUUU